AUGCUGUUUAAAUGCCUGUACUUGUUGGCGGUCGUUGUGGCAAUUAUUGAAAUUGAUGGAAGGCGGGUAAUUCAAUCUCCAGAUGGUGCUGGCUGGCAACGUGGUAGCGGGUUUGACAGUGGGUCUGCUAUAAGUAAUGCAAGAUCACUUGGUACUUUCAGCACAUUGAGACAAUCCGCCGGCUGGGUUGAUCCAUUUGCGUCUAACGCUGGAAACUUUCGUUCGAAUGGCAAAUGGCAGACGUCAGCUAGAUUGGAUGAUUUUACCUCUGGAUGGGACAAUUCAAAUUAUGGUUCAUCACUCGCGUUUCACACUUCUAAUGAAGAAUAUUCUUCAGGGUGGUAA